ACGCAUCAUAUAAUGGUGUGUCUUUUGCGGUGUGGAGAAUCUGGAGAUUGAUAUUACUUAUGACGGUGCAUGCUAGCUAGAUGUGCAUGUAGGUAGCUUCAGACAGCAAGGCAUAGUUGGUGACACACAAGGCGAAGAGAGUGGAGAGCUGUGUUUUGGUUCGUAGGAGGAAGGGAGGAAGGGAGGGAGGGAGGGAGGGAGCAGUCGGGUGUAUCUUCAUACACUCUCGCACGAUGAAAGUGAAGAUAAUUAAUUGGCAUGCCGUCGGUAACUGGACAUGGGAUGCGGCAGAUGAUGCAUGUGGAAUCUGCCGAAUGGCUUUUGAUGGGUGUUGCCCGGACUGCAAGAUGCCCGGGGAUGACUGCCCCUUAAUUUGGGGUGCAUGCAAUCACUCUUUUCACCUUCACUGCAUUUUGAAAUGGAUCAAUGCCCAAAGCCCUCGCCCACAAUGCCCGAUGUGCCGACGGGAGUGGAAGUUCAGAGCAUAAGCGGCAGCAGGAGCAUCCGCUACAUCAUCAUCAACAGCAGCAGCAGCAGCAGCAGCAGCAAGAGUGUCGGUCCUUGGUUUAUACUGCUCUGCUAAUUUCGCCGUGUUGGGCUCACAGCUCGGCGAGUGCCGAACGCUUUUGCGCCUCCCAUGCGGUCACGAAGGGCAUAUUCACACUAGGACUUUUCCGGCUCAGCUGUGGACGUAAUUGCAGUCAGAUGUGUCCAGGUGGGGUACCUGUAGAAAACUGCUAGUGUGAGUAUGCCCUGAGACGUCCAGCACUCUCCUUGUCUGCUGCAUAGGGAGGCGACCGACCCCUUGCCACAGAGGCACGAACAUCACAGCAAAAUUUGUGGGUGAGUGUGUGCAAGUUUAUGUUCGGCUUUCAUGUGGUGAGAAAGAGAGGGGAUAUGACGUCAACUGGAAUCUGUGUUCUGGUCUUUCUUUGCUUGGGAGUAUGAUGGAAAGGCUUCAAGGGAGGAAAUAUGAGUCCAGAGGGGGUGUGAGCGCCUCCCUGUGUCGGACCAGGGGCCGCUAUUUCCAGCAUAGGAGGCUCUGUUCCAGUUUGCUGCUUCACUCCUUUCACCUGUUCAAAUACACUUAACGGGUGUACCAACGAACCUAGCUCAGUUGGUACGCCCAUGAACUGUUGAAGUACAGACCCGAGUUCAAAUCCAGAUGCAAGCAGAUGAACAGAUACAAUUAACGGGUGCUCAGUAUGAAGGCUGAUCAGAGAGUGGAAUGUCAUUGUUGACAGCGAUCUGGGAGGUCUGCAGAUGGGCUUGCUUGUCGCUGAUACGAGCAAGAGCAAAUUCGUUCGCCAAAGCUGUACGAAAAGGGUGAAGAGAGGAUGAUACAUAAUGACAUUCACGCUUGGGAGGAGGCUGGGGAGGGAGGGGAAAGGGGGCGAUGAAAGGUCGUUGGGUGGACGUGACUGAAUGAUGGACAGCUCCCUUUACCUUGCAGCUAUAUGGGGGGAAGGGGGGAAGGGGAAGGGGGUGAGGAAAGGCUGUUAGCUUGCACGUGAUCGAAUGAUAGAGAGCUCUCUUUACCUUGCAGCUAUAUGGGGGGAGGGGGAAAGGUUGGUGCGUGCAUGUGAUUGAAUGAUGGAGAGUUCCCUCUACUUUGCAGCUAUAGCUCCAAUAACAAUACGUCUAGGUUCUAUAGAUAUAUGUUGACAACUGGGAGGUGGCAGUUGAAGUCUUGGUCAAUACAGAGUGUAGUCAGUCUCCUGGGUGUAUGCCUGUCUUUUCUUAGGUAUUACUCGAAUCAGAAUCUUGAUAAUGGCGACGUGAGAUGAGACUGCAUACAGUACAUUGGGUCCAGUUGAUC